CCGGAAAUGCGUGGGUGAUCAGUUACCAUCAUCAGUCUCUUAAACAAAAGUUCAUGAAGUUUUCACAACAGCUUUACUGUAGUCAACUUCUCCGACCGCUGACAUGCCUGCAAUGUAUAGCUGGUGGAUUCCAUGCAUUGUUUUACUUAAUUCCGCUUUAUUGGGAUCUUGUGAUUCGGACUCUGGAAUCGCAGAUGGAGCCCAGCCUGAGCUCUUCAUUUUCCACCAGUCGUGCGCCCUGAAGAAGGACGAAGGGCCAUGCAAGGCAUUAAAGGAGCGUUUCUACUUCGACAUUGACACGGGCCGCUGUGAGGCCUUCCAGUUUGGCGGUUGCAGAGGCAACGGCAACAAUUUUGAGACCUUGGAGGCGUGUGAGGGAAUGUGCCUGGUCUCUGUUGACAAGAGUCCCUGUCACCUGGAGGAGGCUCCGGGGCCGUGUCGAGGUCUGGUGACGCGUUACCUCUUUGACAGCCAGAGCCAGGAGUGCAAGCACUUCUACUACGGAGGCUGCUUCGGCAACGCCAACAACUUCAAGAGUAUGAAAGAGUGCCAGGCCAGAUGCCAGAACCCAGAAAACGCCACUGUGGCCCUUAAAUUGGAUGUGGUCCCUAAAUUGGAGGUCACCGUCCCAGAACCCACUAGCCAGCCCAGGGUACAGCCUCUCAAAGUAACUGACUUCAAUCCUCCGGACUUCUGUCUCAGUCCCAUUGACAAGGGCACAACGUGUGACGGAGAGGAGAGAACUCAGAGGAGAUAUGUGUACAACCCCAAGGCAAAGAGAUGUCAGUCGUUGCGCUACAGUGGCUGCGGGGGCAACAAGAACAACUUUGUCCUCAAGAGACGCUGCAUGAAGAUGUGUAUGAAGCCAGAUCAUCAUCACAAAGGGAAGGUCAUUCGUAUAAAGAAAAAGAACACCAACAUCUUAUUUCGAUCUGUCUGAAUAAAGGCUUCGUAUUAAACCAUUCCUACACACACUACUUUUUCAUUCAUCUUUAUUUAUAUCAUUCUUAUUUGACUUUGGUAUGUUCUUGUGGUCUUACGGCAGUUGUAUAAAAGGCUUGUUUUGACCUAUUGUGUAAUAUUGUAUCGCUUAUUGUAACCUUUUAACCCUUUUGUAAGAAGAUUUGUUUUGUAAUAUCACCAUUUCAUACUUUUGUUUUUACUGUCACAUACCAAACACAGGUAUAUAAUUGUAUUUUUUUUCCUAAGGACAACAGACAAGUUGUUUAAUUGACAAAUUAUGAACAUUCAUAAACCCAAAAGUACUGCACUGCACAUGUAAUAUCAUACAAUAAAACACAUUAUCUGUAUCAA